GUGGGUGAAACUGUCUCACUCCAAGUGAAUCCGAGAAUAGAGGUGAUAGAUUCUUCCAAUAGAACAUCGAAAUGCGAGAGGUUACAUAUCAAUGGAUUACAAAGGCUUAACCACAUUGAUAAAUACGCACAUUCACUGAAGCUGGUCCUUUCAAGUAAUACUUCCAACAUUCUAAGAACAAGUACACACGUUUGCUUCCACAGGAAUUCGUCUUCUGCAAUUGGAAUGUGUCCUCAUGGUCAGUGGACGAAACUAUCCGAAGGUUCUUGGGUCGGGGUCAUGUCACCGUUUGACUACAAGAUCCUCGAUGUAAGAACAUCUUGUGGUGGCUCAUCUAAAGCCAUCUUGGAGUUUUCUGCUACACAAGAGUUCUUCAUGUACCGUAUUGUGUUUUUAAUCAUGGGGACUGUGUUGCUGAGCUCGGCUUCUACAUUGAGUAUGUCAUUACCAUUUUACUACUUCUGUGCCGUUUCCUUUGGGAUUAUCAUUCUUGUAACUCUUAUCAUUAACCAGGGGAUGAAGCGUCUCCUAACUGGAGGGAAGAGUCGUCUUGAGUUGUUUCUAUACUCAUCCAUGAUUGGUGUGGGAGGUUACUCUCUUCAAUACUUUAACGGUUUAAUUCAACAUCUGCUAAUGCAGAUAGGAGCCAGUGAAGAUUUGUACAUCAUUAUGGCGAUUCUUGCGGGUGCCUUUGUAUUUCUGUUUGGAGCAUGGUCAGGAUUUUGGACUGUCAAGAAAUUUCUUGUGACGAAAGAUGGUUCUGUUGACAUUACCACAUCAGUCUUUGUCUCUUGGACCAUUCGAGCUUUCGCUGCGAUUCUGAUUCUUCAGAGCUCUCUUGAUCCCUUUCUUGCUGGAGGAACGUUGAUAUCUGGAAUUAUAAUCUCAUCAGCUCUAAAGAGUAUCAGCAGAAAGCUGUUAUCACAAAGAAUCGAUGAUGAAACUGAGAAUCGUAGUAGCCUCGGCUUAAACCAUUCCACUACAUUCGCUUCUCCUCUUCCUAAAGGAAUCAAAAAGAUGCAGAGGAAAACACAGCUAUCUGAUUCAGAUACAUUUCCUUCUUCAUUCCACAAAACACCAAAAGGGAGAAGAAAGUUUAGUAAGAAAGAAUUGGAAAAGUUCAGUAGAGAGAGCACGGAAAAGGCGGUGAAGGAGCUGGUUUCUUCACCCGGUUUUGGUGAAUGGGCGGCGAAAAACGCCAGAAGAAUCAUUGUGAAUCCGAUAGAGGUUAAGCGACGAGAUGGUUCCUCUGAUUCUGAGAAGCAAGCAGCCAGUGAAAACUAUUUCAACCGGAAGGAGAGUGUAGAGACUCUUGUAACAUUG